AUGGCAAUUUUAGUAAAGAAUUAUGAACCAUCUUUAGUUGAUAUAUCAGUCAAGGAUUUUAUAAAAUUAGGAAUCCAUGGGGUUUACACGACCAUGAAGACAGUGAUAUCUUAUGAGUAUAUUUUUAACUUCACAUUACAUAUGAAAAAUUUGCAAAAGUAUUCUACAAACUUUCUGAAAUUGCAAGAAAAUGAGGAAAACAAAGAGUGCAUAUCUCAUAUUUUAAAGAGUUUAACAUUAGAGAACAUACAUAAAAGUAGUAGUAAAAAUAUUAAAAGAGGUUUUGAAUUCUUAAAUUCUUUAAAUGAUGACAUAAAAAAAAAGUAUUUCAGUGAAAAUUCAAAUUAUAUGGUAAUGAUUACUAUAAUUUGGGACACAUGUAAUAAUGAGACUGUUUCCUUAAAAGAACCUUUUUCUAUUUUAUGUUAUAUAAAAUGUUUACCAAAGUAUAAUAGCUAUGUGCAAAUUGAUAUAAUGUGUGGUAAAAGAAAAAUGCCAAAUAUAAAAUAUUCCGAUGUAUUUGAAGUACGAGAUAAAUUAUUAAAACUGAAAAGUGAAGACAGUCAUGAAGUAGUUUUAUAUAAUGAAAACGAUGAAAUAACGGAAGGAUUAACCUGUAAUUUUUUUUGUUUUUAUAAUGACACACUGUACACAGCACAGGACGAUUUAGUUCUUAAAGGUACCGUACGAGAACAAAUAAUUAGUUUAUGCGAACGAGAUGGCAUAAAAUUAAAAAAAGAUUCUAUUAAUAUACGAGAUAUUGAACUUUUUGAAUUCUGCUUUAUAUGUUCCACAACUAGAAACAUUUUGCCUAUUAAAAAAAUAAUACUUUUUUCUAAAAAUAUGAAAACAUUUGAAAAAAAUAUAGAUCACCCAAUUUUAAUUAAGUUACAAGAAAAAAUAAUGGAAGAAAUAGAAAACAAAAAAGAAAAAUAUGAUGUACAUAUUUUUUAA